AGCUGCCGUCGCGCUCGGGUUAGGGCGGGGGGUGGGACGGGCGGGGAGAGGAGAAGGCCGCGACAGAGGCAGGUGAGAGGAGUCAGGAAGGAAGCGGCGGCGCGGCGAGCAUAGCAGCUCAGGCGGCGGCCCGGUUCCUGGGAGUGUCGGUGCGGCGUGGUGGUUGGGGCGGAUCCCGCGGGGCCCGGGCGGGGGAAGGAAUCACCGGCCCGGCCAUGGCGGACAACGAGAAACUGGACAACCAGCGGCUCAAGAAUUUCAAGAACAAAGGCCGCGACUUGGAGACUAUGAGAAGACAACGAAAUGAAGUUGUAGUUGAAUUAAGGAAGAAUAAAAGAGACGAACAUCUCUUAAAGAGAAGGAAUGUACCACAUGAAGAUAUCUGUGAAGACUCUGAUAUAGAUGGAGAUUAUAGAGUGCAAAAUACCUCUCUAGAAGCUAUUGUUCAAAAUGCUUCAAGUGAUAACCAAGGAAUUCAAUUAAGUGCAGUUCAAGCUGCUAGGAAACUUUUGUCCAGCGAUCGAAAUCCACCAAUUGAUGACUUAAUAAAAUCUGGAAUAUUGCCUAUUUUAGUCCAUUGUCUUGAAAGAGAUGACAAUCCUUCUUUACAGUUUGAAGCUGCAUGGGCUUUGACAAACAUUGCAUCUGGAACCUCUGAACAAACUCAAGCAGUAGUUCAGUCCAAUGCUGUGCCACUUUUCCUGAGGCUUCUCCAUUCACCCCAUCAAAAUGUCUGUGAGCAAGCAGUGUGGGCAUUGGGAAAUAUCAUAGGUGAUGGGCCACAGUGUAGAGAUUAUGUCAUAAGUCUUGGAGUUGUGAAACCUUUACUUUCCUUCAUAAGUCCAUCUAUUCCAAUAACAUUCUUGAGAAAUGUUACUUGGGUUAUGGUCAACUUAUGUCGGCACAAAGACCCACCCCCCCCAAUGGAAACCAUUCAAGAGAUCCUUCCAGCUCUUUGUGUUUUAAUUCAUCACACAGACGUAAAUAUAUUGGUAGAUACAGUGUGGGCCCUCUCUUACCUUACUGAUGCUGGCAAUGAACAGAUACAGAUGGUAAUAGACUCUGGAAUAGUCCCUCAUUUGGUUCCUCUGCUCAGCCACCAGGAAGUUAAAGUUCAGACUGCUGCACUUCGAGCUGUGGGCAACAUUGUUACUGGAACCGAUGAGCAAACGCAAGUAGUUUUGAACUGUGAUGCUCUGUCACAUUUCCCAGCACUUCUGACACAUCCCAAAGAGAAAAUUAAUAAAGAAGCAGUGUGGUUCCUAUCUAACAUCACUGCAGGAAAUCAACAGCAGGUGCAGGCAGUAAUUGAUGCCAAUCUUGUCCCAAUGAUAAUACACCUUUUGGAUAAGGGGGAUUUUGGCACUCAGAAAGAAGCUGCUUGGGCCAUAAGUAACUUAACAAUUAGUGGAAGGAAAGAUCAAGUGGCCUACCUAAUCCAACAAAAUGUUAUUCCACCUUUUUGCAACUUGCUGACUGUAAAAGAUGCACAAGUUGUACAAGUAGUACUUGAUGGACUAAGUAAUAUAUUAAAAAUGGCUGAAGAUGAGGCAGAAACCAUAGCCAAUCUUAUAGAAGAAUGUGGAGGACUGGAGAAAAUUGAACAACUUCAAAAUCAUGAAAACGAAGACAUCUACAAAUUGGCCUAUGAGAUCAUUGAUCAGUUCUUCUCUUCAGAUGAUAUUGAUGAAGAUCCUAGCCUUGUUCCAGAGGCAAUACAAGGUGGAACAUUUGGUUUCAAUUCAUCUGCCAAUGUACCAACAGAAGGGUUCCAGUUUUAGAAAGAUGUUGUGGAAGUUAGGUACAAUGCAGCACUGAGAUAUAUAUAUAUAUAUACAUAUAUAUAAAAAGGUUUGAUCCAUCAAGCUUGGCUCAUGGGAUCUGCUGCUGCAUUAAAUCGGGAAAGAAAAUGUGAAGAUUUCAUUUGGAAUCACAGAAAAUGCCCAAAUGAGGUCAAGAUGGCGAGUGGUUGCGAGUGAGAAUGAGUGGCAAAAUGUAACGAAAACCUUACAUGAAUGCUUAUUUAGGUUGUUCAAAGUAAAAAGGGCUACAGGUCACAGAUCUUCAGUGCCUGAGAAGACACAUUGACUUUAUGUUAAUUGAGGGGAAAAUGCAGUACCAUCAUCUUCAAGCCUUGUAAGCAUAAAAGAGAAUAGGAUGCCCAUAUAAGUCAAAGGAAAAUGAGCCCAGGCCUUGCUAUGAAGCAGUGUGUGAAUGGACAGUGUUGAAUGAAUGUCUGGCUAAGUGACAGAGAGCCAGGUUCAUCUUUCAAAUCUAGGGCUCUUCACUCAUGAAGCAGACUCCUAGCACUGGAGUGACUGUGUACGAGAGGUAUGGUUGUGGUGCUGUAUGUGAACGCAUGCAAGCUUGAUUCGCCUUCAGGGGGCUGAUAACAAACCUAAUAAAUCAUCAAAACGAGAUCAUAAGUGUUAAUGUACACUGGACAUGAAAACAAAGACCGGUUUAGCAGCAGACAUUGGUUUACUCUGCAGCCUGUGUUUUCUAUUCCUCUUCCCUUCCACCCCCCCCUUCUUUUUUCUCUUUUCAGUUUUUUGUUUUGUUCUUUUUUUUUUAACUUUACCUAGAAUGGCUUUUUAGUUGCUUCUCAAGUCAGAAAACUUCAGGAAGGUUUCCCUGUGCAUUUGCACCAGAUGAAUGUUUGAUGCUAUGAAAAGCUUUCCAUAUCAUCAAAACUAAUUUGUGUAGAUUUUUGCAUGGAAAAAAAAUCAUAAAUUUCCCUCAGAAUAGACUGUGUUGCAGUACACAAGUUGCCAUAAUAGUAUAAAACAGUAAAAUGUAUUUUAAAAAGCCAUCCUUUUCAUUUUCAGAGAUAACAUAAAGAUCUUUGCAUGAGGUAAAUCUGCAGCAUAGUUCAUUUUUAGAUUUUGUUGAGUCCUGUAAAGAAGAAGAAGAAAAAAGUUUCAGUUGUGGUAGAAUACCGUGCUGUGCUUAAAUGUUAUUUGUUUUCAAACUUUGUUUUCUAUGAAAAUGAUAUGGAAACUUCUAAAAUGGAAUUUGGUGCAUAUGUACUGCUGAAUAAAGACCGAUGAAGAGGUUUGAAUAGAUGUACAAAUCAAAUAAUGGUUUGAACACCUUUAAUAAUAUGCCUAAUCUGUUCAAUUGUUUUAGAAUCUUUUUAUCUUAGAUGUAGGCAGCCAUGAACAAUCUAUUUUGAGCCACUUUAGGGAGAAAAGUUUGUAUUUUUAAAACUUGCAUAAAAGUUAUGCAAGUGGUUUUUAUAAAUUGGAAUAAUGCCUCAGUUUUGAGGUUAUGCACACUAAAUUAAAUGUGACAUAAAUUAAUUUGUACAAAAAGAACUCUUUAUAAGGUGGCUCAUUGUAGGAAAUCCUGUGCCUUCCCCUUUGAGCACAAGUGUUGCAUGAACAACAGUUUGCUAUAAGAAACAUACCAGAUUAGCCACCAUUAGCAUCUAUAUCUACUUUGUGUUUAAAAUCAACUGGUAAUUCUGAAACACUGUAGAAUGGAUAAAAAUUAUUUUGUGAUCAUAACUCUUUGUUGAACUAGAGUAUUUUUGCAGCAUUCCUUGUCAUCAGAAACAUGGUUAAAGUUUAAAACUAGAAGCAGCAGAAAACUAGCUUGUAAAAUUUAUUCAAGUAGAGUGCAGGCUAGGCUGUCUUGGGGAAAUAAACAUUAAAACUUAAAGAAACGUUUUACAUGGGA